AUACUUUGACGACUGAUAUUCAUAUCAACAUAUAUUAGUGAGUCUGGCUUGAGUCUGGCGAGCUGUGUACUAAAUUAUUAGAAUUUGUUAAUAUAACGAAGUCUAGCUUCAUUAAUUUUGAAGUGUGUAUUGAAAAAUAAUCAAAUAUGGGUCGAAGAUCGAUAAAUACCACGAAAAGUGGAAAGUACAUGAAUCCCACAGACCAAGCCCGUAAAGAAGCCCGUAAGAAAGAACUUAAAAAAAACAAGAAACAACGUCAACUGGUAAGAGCUGCUGUACUGAAGGGCAAAGACCCAGCUCAGAUCAUUGAGGAGAUGGAAAAAAUAGAUCAGAUGGAAUACAAUGUCCUGCAACCUCCGCCUUUGAAUGAAAAAGUUCUCAAAGACAAACGAAAAAAGCUCAAAGAGACCUUAGACAGAGUCUUGAAAAUGUAUGCAAAGGAUGAUCAAGAAAAAUGGACUGAAUUAAAAGAACAAUUGAUCCAAUAUGAACGACGAAGAAUAGAUUUGGUCACUUAUUUCGAGGCUGUUAGGCAUGCACAGCAGGUCCAAGUUGAUGAAAUCCCACUUCCUUCAGCUGGCGGUGAUGUCACACGGAUUUAUUCUGGAGCUUUGACAUCUCAGAUUCCAUUACCUGAUAUGCCACAACCAGCUACACAUCUUUAUCCUGCCCAUUCUCAUUUUAUGCCCCAUCAUCAUCCUCUAAUAAAUAUUCCUAUACCACAAAGCAUAUUAAAAAAAACUAGUGCCUAUUCAUCAGCUAUGUCAGCCACUCCCUUAUUACCACUUAACAAAGAACCUCCAGGAGUGCCACCGUUUCCUCCACCAGAUUUAUCCAGCGACGAUGAAGAAUCGGCUGAAAUGAACAAAGAUUCGAACCUCAAAUCAAGAACGAUUCGUUUUGCUGAUGACAAGGAGGAUAAGAAGACGGAAUCAGAGACCAGAGAAAAAGUUAAAGAUAAAGAAAUUGAGAAAGAAAAGGAAAAGGAAUCAUCACAGGUAAAGCCGACAACACUGCAGCAGAAAAUGUUGGCAAUGGCUGGACAAGAUAUCGAUCAGUUUAUGCGGGAAAUGGAAGUUGUACACAAGAAAAGAGAAACAGAGAGAGCACAGGAUUUGAGUGCACGGUUAACAUUACUGGAUGCCGAUACCAAUUCCAAAAACAAUUCUAAUGGAAAAUCUGACCAGGAUGACAACAUUGAGCCUCCCGGAUUAAUGGAUCAUCCGCCGCCACACAACUCACAUCAUCCUCAGCAUCCACACCAACAUUCACUCCCGCCCCUUGGCCUUCCACCACCGCCACUUCUUUAUCGUCCUCCACCACCACCUAUGCACGCUCUUCGAAUGCCGCCACCACCUCCACCACGUAUUGGACUUAGACUACCACCAGGUCCACCACCUGGUAUGCCUCGAUUACUUCGACCAGGACCUCCUGGCAUGCCAAGAAUGCCUCCACCGCAAAUGCAAAUCGCAAAUAUGACUAGCUUGGCCAACAUAGCGAAUUCCCAAAUUCAGACUCAAACAGCUGCAGGAUCUCAGUCUAAAACUCCGAACGUAUUAUCAGCUGCUCCACAACUGAUUAACAGAAAAGAUAAGGAUGGAAAAGGCUUGAGUACAAUUGAAGCUAAACCCCAAAUUAGAAAUUUGGCUGCAGAUAUCACUCGUUUCCUACCAACUUCGCUUAGAGUUAAGCGAGAUGACAAGAAGAAACCUAGUUCUAUACCCAAGAUGCCUGACAGACUUCCUGAGAACCAACCUCAAAGACUGUUGCAACCCAAAACAAAGGAUGACGCUUACAUGCAGUUUAUGCAAGAAAUGGAAGGAUUGCUUUGAAAAAACAAUUUGUGUGUUUAUAUUCAUUAUAUCCAAGCAUACACUAACGGUACACAGGCUGAUUUUAUACAAAAUUAUUCCACAUAUGAUUAUUCUGAACAAAAUCAUUCCACGCCAAACGACCUUGCACAUAUAUCUACGUAAUUUAUCAACUCGAUCACGCCCAACUAUAGAGGUACUUUCUUACGAUAUAAUCAUUGAUAUUAGUCACAAACUCAUAGUGUUUUUUCGAAUAAACAAUUCAAUCGUAAAAAACUUUCAUUUAUAUUAAUACGAUAGUCGGAUUUGAAAAUAAAUUUUGUAGAAUCGUCAUGGAAAGGAAUCCAUGUAUAAUUUUUGUAGUGCAUAUUCUUCAGAAAAAAUUUCAUAUCAUUUUAGUAAACACACAGUACUAUGUAACCCGAAAAUCGCUUUUUAUAUUAUAUCUGGUGUGAUAAAUAGGAUGAGAUGGAAUUGUGCAUGACCACACACAUCUUAGUGCCCACGUACAGUCGUGAAGUCGGACAUUUAAUUCAGCACAGAGAACUCCUUAUAUAUUUUAGUGACUAUAUCCUUUAAACAUAUAGAAAAAUUGCAUAUAAUUAUGUAGAAUGAUUUCGUGUAAGAAAAUUUCGUGUACCAUAUUGUGAGGAACUAUAAUUCAAUUAAACGAAUUACAAAUGUCAAAACUUACUUCAUUAACGGCACCCUAUAGACGUAUAUCUCAGGGACAUUGUUGAAUGUAUAGUGUAUACUCAUAA